AUGUCCCCGCCGUCAGGGACAGCCUUGGGAGAGGAGGACCCAGCGCGCGUGAUCCAUUUCAUCCCGAGGAUGAGAUGGGAAGACAACAACAGUCGAGCGGCAGACAAUGCUGACAUGGAGAGCGAUUCUGAAGAGGACGACGACGAUGAGAAUGCUGAGUACUCUCUGGCCUCAGAAUCCCAAGACGACGACUCGAUCAUCUACCGUCUGUCUUUCUUCGAUCAAAACCAACCUCCGAAACACUCUCCUCUCGCGCGCAGCCAUGGCGAUGAGAGGAAGUCCUCCACUCCAGUGCGUCUGUCGAGCACGCGACUGUCACCAUCAAUCUCUACUCCCAAAGUACCAGGCCAUGGCAGCGUUACUACUCCUGGACACUUUGGAUCCCCGCGCGAAUUGAAUUCGGUUUUCACUCCCUCAAUCGACAUGGAGCCGUCAUUCUUCAGCAGCAGCACGAACAUCUCCCAUCGAAUCCAAAGCGAAUCAGAGCUGCGAUUCCACCGAUACCUCGACCUCUGCGAAGCCCAGCAGCUUCGUCGAGCUCCACCUCAGAAGCACGACUUCAACAUCAACAAGGAGAUAUCGUCAUCAGACACUACCAGCGAACCCAAUCAACAGAAGAACCAAGACCCAAAAGAAGACCGCCUCCCAACAAUCCCCGAAUCCAUCUCCCUCUCGAGUCUAGGCAGCACCAUCGCCGACGACUACAUGCCCUUCAGCCACCCCCUACAUCUCGAACGCUGUCUUCGCAAACGUCGCCAUCAUCUACAAGGUGUACUUCGUCGAAGCCCAAGUCUCUCGAUACGAACUCUGGAAUUCUCAACACGAUCUGUUUCGCCGUCGAGUAUUUGGCCUUCGCCUUCGCCGGGUCGAAUGCGAAAUCGAGAGGCUGGGAUGAGGUGGUACGUUCCUGUUCCUGCGGCUAGUGAGAGUGGAGAGGUUUGGGAGGAGGUUGUUGAUGAGGUUUGGGAUAUGCGGGAUAGGGGUGUGGAGGAGGAGGAGGGGGAUGUUUUGACUUUCAGGGCUUGCGAGGAGGAUCUUCGGGAUGGUGUUAAGGACUUGUUGGGUGAUGUCAAGGGUGGAUCGAAGGGUUUGCGGCGCUGGGGUCGGUGGAAGAAGGUCUUGAAGCGUCUUUUGAGAGUGAAGAAGUAG